AUUCGUUGGCCAUCGUCGCGAGUAUCUGACACGGUUACUAGUCGAUCGUCAAAGGCGGACGAAAUGUCGCCAUCGUCGCAGCCGUAAACACUUUCAACUUUAAUUGUGAAGACUCUUAAAAACAAAAAACAAGAACAAGCCAGCAGGUGGAUGAAAGGGCUGUGAAACAGUUUCGUCGCACCACGCAGUGAAAUUCCGAAAAAAAAUUGCCAACAGCUUCUAGUGUAUAGCGUUCCGCAAGAAAGAAGAUGAAGAUACGGGCUGCUGCUAAGGGUCUCUGAUCAGCAGCUCAUCCUGAUCUGCUGGUCUAAGCGAAUCUCGUGACAGUUGCCAACCAUCAAGGGUCGAGCCAACAUGCCGAUACCUUGAUCUCCUCCACUGUUGUACGCAGCAACUUUAAUACAUUUAAGUAUUUUAACAUUCCCCCCGAAAAAAAAAUGUGGCGAGAAUUUCUCAUGAAGAUGCGCUCAAGGGAUUCUUCCCAAAGGUCCGAGAACUGCUCAAGUGAUAGCGACAGUGAGGGAACGUGUGAUAGUGAUUAUUCCGGCCUAAGCGGUCAUUACAGCUUCCGCAAUCAAGAGAAGGAUAAUAACAGUGCUGAAUUCAAAAGGACUCAAACUAAGCGAUUCAAUGGAAGUCGAUUUCUGCAGAGUCACGUUGAGACGGAAUCGACGUCCAACAGCGCAGUCAUCAUGUCGGGCGUUGUCGACGAAGAGUCUUGCAAUACCUGGCGUGAAAAAUUCGAGUUUACCUUGUCGCUCAUCCGUGAGCCGAGGUACCUUCUGGCCGAGACACUUGUGGCCGAGCAACUCAAACUGACCCUUAAGCAACAAGCUUAUAGACUGGAACAAAUUUUAGUACGCCAGACAAUUGACGAACAUCAAAAGAAAUCCACAGAGUCAGAAGCAGCAGGAGCAACAACAACAACAGCUUCAACCACCACCACCAACAAUCACAGAACGGGGAUGUUCCUCCAUCCUGUGAUGUGUUCGGCGGUCCACGUCGUGCCGGACGGCGCCAUCAGUUUGUUUCAUUUGUCUCCUUCAUCUUACAGCCAAUCUUCUUCUUCCUCUAACAGCAGGCGAGCUGACGGAGAUAAAGCCGGUGCGGAUAUAGAGUCGUUAAAGAAACAAUUGUUAAUUGUUGACCAGCGACUAGCCACCUUGACCGGACGACUGGAAGUACUUAAAGCAGUUCAACAAGUUCUGCCAACUGUUCCUUCCGGCGCUGAAACAAAUUCCGAAACCGACGAGCCGGAUUCGUUGGAAACGGCAAAGGAUGUUACGUCACCGAUGCACAGUGUAACCGGAACAAUCCGCCAGCAGAAGAAAGGCGUCGGUAAAAUAACCAGUUCCAACACACAAUCGGCCAAUGAAAGCGAUUUGUUGGCCUUAUUACAACUGGAACGCCUAGCCCAGCAAGCCAGCCGACGUGAUUACGAACUACUGCGGAAGCAGUACCAACGGCUCAAAGAGGAAUUAGAAUGGCGUGAUUCGGGUCACGGCGAUGAUUUUGGCGAUGCUGAAUUGUCAUCGGAACUCAUCAGUGAUCGGGACCGAGAUUCAGACAGCGUUCAAAUGAAACCCUGCGUGGCCCUCAAGAGUUGGACGUGGCGUAGCAGCAGUACAGCCAGCCGACAAUCGGCGGCUACCAUCCGGCAGAGCCACCGAGGCGACAACACUUCCACCUGCUCAUCUUUGGAGUCGACGUCACUGGCCAGAGAAAACAAACAUUUGUGGAACGAGGUACACGCAAGAGACAGAAUCAUCGCUCAGUUGCGGUCGGCAAUUGCUGAACUGGAACCCGUCACCGAGAACGCACGAGCCGAAGCCGCACAAAGCGACAUGAUCAACAAGGAGCUCGAUAGAAAAAACCAGGAAUUACAAAUGGUCAUCAACAAUCUAACGGCCAAUAUCGAGGCAUUAAGAGCAUACCAAUUAACAGAGCAGCACACCCAUGACAAGGCAUUCAUAAGCAGCGACGACAACAUCCAGCGAAAGCGGACUUACAAAGUGAAUGAGAACAAGGAAUUUGUCCAGAUGCGUGGUCUGAUUGCCGAACUUCAACAGAAGGAAAAUGAGUACAAAGCCAGGAUAGAACAAUUGGAGAAGGUGUUGCGUCAGUCCAAUUCUCUGCCCGAAGUUCCCAACUUGGAGGAACUCGAACGACACGUCACUCACAUGGAACAAGAGCUGGAAAUGAAGAACCAACGACUGGCGGCUUUCGAACAAUACGUAGCCGCAAAAGAGGAAGAGCACUCUACUCUGAAACGUGACCUAGAAACGUUGCAGGAAGAAAACGGCCGACUGAAAUCCCAAGUCGACGAAACCAUCUACCGUGACAGAGAGAGUAACACCGAAAAGUUGGAACAAUUAGGUCGGGAAUUACAGCAGGCAAUGGAGGCCAACAAAUGCUUGAUAGAAGACAUCAACCGUGAGCGAGUGUUACGCAAAAAGUAUUUCAACACGAUCGAAGAUCUCAAAGGUAAAAUCCGAGUCUAUUGCCGGCUUCGACCGUUAACCCCCGUGGAGCAAAGAGUUCAGCACUCGGUGGCUGAUGUCGUCGAUCCCUACACGCUCGUCAUAAACACUCCAAAAGGACCUAAAGAAUUCCAUUUCGAUCGCGUGUUUCUGCCAGACGACACGCAAGAAACCGUCUUUGAAGACACGCAUACACUCGUCCAGUCAGCUUUCGAUGGUUACAAUGUCUGCAUAUGCGCGUACGGACAAACCGGUAGCGGGAAGACACAUACCAUUAUAGGCGACGACGUCCAUCCCGGAUUGGCCACUCGAACGUUUCAGCGAAUUUUCCAACUAGCCAACGAUCACCAAGCUCAAUUUGAUGUCCAAGUUUCUUGUUCAAUGUUGGAACUUUACAACGAUAAACUCAUCGAUCUCCUACGCUUAAGCGAUCAAGCCGAGGUAAAAUUAGAGAUCAAAAAAGAUAAGCGCGGGAUCGUGUGGGUUCAAGGCUCACGAAUAUCUCCCGUUGCCAACGCCAACCAGUUGUCGGACUUGUUCCAUCGCGGUCUCAGCUCGCGUCACACGGGCUCGACUCGCAUGAACGAUCGUAGCAGCCGGUCGCAUCUGAUAGUCAGCAUCAACAUCGAGUGCACAAGUCGGCUGCACGGCACCGUCAUUCGCGGAAAGGUUAGCCUGCUCGAUUUGGCUGGCAGCGAGCGUUUCGCCAAAUCGGGAUCAACUGGGGACCAGCUCCGGGAAGCUUCUUCAAUCAACAAAUCGUUAUCAACUUUGGGCGACGUCAUCUCCGCUUUAGCCAGCGAGCAGCCCCAUACGCCCUACCGAAAUAGCAAACUGACAAUGUUAAUGCAAGACUCGUUGGGCGGAAACGCUAAAACACUUCUCUUCGUCACCGCCUCCGUUGCCGCCUUCAAUCUAGACGAGACGUUAACGUCACUGACAUAUGCUUCCCGCGCCAAAGCUGUCACUAAUGCAGCCCAGAAGAAUGCCGAUUGCAAGGAGAUUGCACGCCUCAAAGCGAUUAUUCAAAAACUCCGACGAGGAGAGGACGACGUCGAAGACACCAGUUGAAGAAUUUCUGGGAGACUUUUGUUCUUUUUAUUUUGUAAAUUAUAGCAUGUUCAUACAAACAUUUCCAGCGGA